AUGGAACCAAUCAUUGAAGUAACUUCUGAGGCUACUGCUGCCACUCCAAAGGUAAAGAUUGUAUUGGUACAUGGAUCGUGGUGUGAUGCCAACAUCUGGAGAAAGGUACUUGCCAGACUUGCUAAAAAGAAUGAAGUAUAUGCCGUUCAGUUACCUCUUACAUCGUUAACUGACGAUGUCGAAGCACUCAGAAGAUUGGUAGAGAGAAUCGACGGAAAGGUCUUGUUGGUCGGUUACUCAUACGGUGGUUUCGUCAUUACUGAAGCCGUUCCAAAGUUGGAUAACAAGGUUGUCGGUUUGCUCUAUGUCAACGGUAUCAUCCCAAGCGAAGGUCAGAAUCUCGAUGCUGCUCUCGGUGGUAAUUUGCAAUUCCCACCCGAUGGUUUGAUGCUCAAAGACAACUAUGGCAAUCUCUGGCUCAAUCCAAAGCUUUUCAAAACAGUUUUGGCUCAGGACACAACCGAUGAGGACAGCACUGUCUGGUUGCAAUCCCAAAAGCCACUCGGACUCAAGUGUGUCUAUGAACACGUUACAACCCUUGGAUACAAGAAUUUGCCAUGUUGGUACCAAAUCUCGGAUGAAGACAGAAUCCUUCCUUUGGUUGCACAAAACGCUAUGUCAACCAUGGUCAAUGCCAAGGUAGUGCACCUUCCAUCGAGCCAUGCUUCUAUUCUCUCACACGACAAACAAGUCUCCACUUUUAUUAAGGAGGCUGCUCGUGAAUUAUCUAAACAAUUAUAA